UUGUGUAUGUGCAAGACAAAGAAAUUUUCCCAGGAAAUGUUGUUCCAUUCGAUUCAUUGUGGAUAUGAGUAAAUUAAUUUUUCGCGCUAUUUAUAAUCAAACACAAAUAUCAUUUACAUUAUUGCCCUUCAUUCGUAUUCAUUGGAAAUUAUUUUGUACAGCUGUUGAAUGUUGUCAACAAAGGCGUGUCAAAAAAUCGAAUAGAAAAAUGUUUCUUUUCAAACCAUCGAAUGAAGGUAAAAAUAAUUAUGAUCCAGCCAAAUCUAAAUAUGAUAUGGUCAAUGACGCCUGUUGGAAAGCAAACGAAAAUGUACCUUUUAUUGCUUUAGCUAAAACAUUCGCAGCAAUUGAAGAUGUUAGCGGUCGUUUGAAAAGUAUUGAAAUUAUGAGUAAUUAUGUAUCAUCAGUUAUGGCUUUAUCAAACAACGAUUUAGUUAAAUCAAUAUAUCUUUGUCUGAACAAAGUUGCACCUGAUUAUGAAGGCAUUGAACUUGGUAAGAAAAAUAUUAUAUUUACACAAAAAAAAUCAUUUUUUCAACUCCUAUUUACAUAAGGUAUUGGAACAUCAAUAUUAAUGAAAGCAUUAUCAGAAGCUACUGGCCGUAAUAUGGCUCAGCUGAAAAAACAGCUAAAUGACAUUGGAGACAUUGGUUCUUGUGCUGAAAUUUCCAAAACGAAUCAACGAUUGUUGAUUCAACCAAAACCACUUACAGUUCAACAUGUAUUCGAUACAUUCAAAUCGAUUGCUAUAAUGACCGGUCGUAAUGUCAUGUCAAACAAAGUGGAAAAAAUUAAAAGUUUAAUCACUUGUUCACAACCUAUUGAAUCACGCUAUAUUAUGCGUGCAUUAUCCGGAAAAAUGCGUAUUGGACUUGGUGAAAAAUCAUUAAUAACAGCAAUAGCACAGGCAUAUAUGAUUUAUAAAAAUCCCGAUUACAGAACACAACUUGAUACGGAACGAUUCAAAGAAAAACUUAACAAAAAUGUUUCACUUUUACAAACAGCAUUCAAUGAAUGUCCUAAUUAUGAUAAAUUAAUUCCGGCCUUGUUAGAAAAUGGUUUCGAUGACCUUUCCAAAUCAUGUUACCUGAUACCCGGUAUACCACUUAAACCUAUGUUAGCACAUCCGACCAAAGGAGUCCAUGAAGUAUUGAAACGAUUAGAAGGAUUAGAAUUCACAUGUGAAUAUAAAUACGAUGGUGAACGGGCGCAAAUUCAUUUGGAUGAUCAGGGUAAAAUCUACAUCUAUAGCCGUAAUCAAGAAAACAAUACUGGAAAAUAUCCUGAUAUUGUUAAAUUAAUGCCAGAUGUUAUAAAAUCCGAAGUAAAAAGUUUCAUCAUUGAUUGUGAAGCAGUGGCCUACGAUGUUGUAAAUGAACAAAUUCUUCCAUUUCAAGUGUUGAGCACGAGAAAACGUAAAAACGUGGAAGAAUCUGAUAUUAAAGUUCAUAUUUGUCUUUUUGCAUUUGAUCUUAUUUAUCUAAAUGGCGAAUCUUUAGUUAAAAGAUCACUAUAUGAACGACGACAAUUUCUUCAGGAAAAUUUCGAAUUUAUAAAGGGCAGAUUUAUGCAGGCGGCGAGUAAAGAUUUAGAUGAAAUUGAUGCUAUUCAAGAAUUUUUGGAUGAAUCCAUCAAGAAUAAAUGCGAAGGAUUGAUGGUGAAAACACUGCAUAAAGAUGCAAGCUAUGAAAUUGCCAAGCGUUCAUUUAAAUGGCUUAAACUUAAGAAAGAUUAUUUAGAAGGCAUUGGUGAUACGUUGGAUUUAAUACCGAUCGGAGCAUAUUAUGGACGCGGAAAAAGAACCGGCGUUUAUGGUGGUUUUCUUCUUGCCUGUUAUGAUGAUAAGAAUGAUGAGUUUCAAAGUAUUUGUAAAAUCGGUACCGGAUUUUCCGAUGAAGAUUUGACCACCUUAUCUACAUCGUUAAAAGAUUUAAGCAUAUCAAAGCCAAAGUCUUAUUAUAAUGUUGAUGAAACAUUGAAAGCUGAUGUUUGGUUUGAAGCAAAUCAAGUAUGGGAGAUUAAAUGUGCCGAUUUAUCUAUUUCGCCUGUUUAUAAAGCUGCUAUCGGUAUUGUUGAUUCUCAUAAAGGAAUAUCAUUACGUUUUCCCCGAUUUAUCAAAGUCCGUGAUGAUAAAAAGCCUGAAAAUGGUACUACAGCUACUCAAGUAGCCGAAAUGUAUUUGAAUCAGGAAAAUCAAAUGAAUUCGGCUGCUAAUGAAAAUAAUAAUGAUGACGAUGAUGAUGAUGGUGAUGGAAGACAAAAUGAAAGUAAUUCAAAAUCCGAAUCUGAUAAUUUCAUUAAUUUCAAUUUAUUUCUGUUAUUUGUUUGGAUAUUUUUACUCAAAAAAAUGCCAUCCGAUAAUAAAAAACGACGUGAAGCAAAGAAAAAAGAAUUGGCCAAAAGUAAACAUACUAAUAAAAAAGAUUCGACCAAAGAACAAUCAAAUGAAAAUGGUUCUUCAUCCAAUUUCUUACUGAUCAAUGGUGAUAACAAUAAUCUACCUCUCACCGAAGAGGAAGAAUUGGUCAAAAAACUUGAACAUGAUAUGAAAUUGAAUGCUGAAGCUCGUUCAUGUACCGGUGUAUUGGGUAUUCAUCCUCGUUCUCGUGAUAUUAAGAUUGAUAAUUUUUCCAUAACUUUUCAUGGUGUUGAACUGUUGUCUGAUACUAAAGUUGAAUUGAAUUGUGGACGGCGAUAUGGUUUGAUUGGAGCAAAUGGAUGUGGAAAAUCUACAUUUUUAUCAUGUCUUGGACGACGUGAAGUGCCCAUUCAAGAUCAUAUAGAUAUUUAUUAUCUAACACGCGAAAUACCACCAUCCGAAAUGACCGCACUUCAAGCUGUACUUAACGUUGAUCAAGAACGAACACGAUUAGAAGCUUUAGCCGAAGAAUUGGCUCAAUAUGAUGAUGAAGAAAGUCAAGAACAAUUGCUCGAUAUUUAUGAUCGUCUUGACGAAAUCGAUGCGGACAAAGCAAAAGCUAAAGCCGCUUAUAUUUUACGAGGUCUUGGAUUCGAUAAGCAUAUGCAAGAAAAAAAAUGCAAAGACUUUUCUGGUGGAUGGCGUAUGAGAAUCGCUUUGGCCCGUGCUCUAUAUGUUAAGCCUCAUUUAUUGCUUUUGGAUGAACCAACUAAUCAUCUUGAUCUAGAUGCAUGUGUAUGGCUUGAAGAAGAACUGAAAACCUAUAAACGAAUUUUGGUGAUUGUUUCGCAUUCACAAGAUUUCCUAAAUGGGGUUUGCACCAAUAUUAUUCAUUUGGAUAAAAGUAAAUUGAACUAUUAUACUGGCAACUAUGAUGCAUUUGUUAAAACUCGUCUUGAAUUGCUCGAGAAUCAAAUGAAGCGAUAUAAUUGGGAACAAGCACAAAUCGCCCACAUGAAAGAUUAUAUUGCUCGUUUCGGUCAUGGUAGUGCUAAAUUAGCUCGACAAGCACAAAGUAAAGAAAAAACAUUAGGAAAAAUGAUGGCCAGUGGAUUAACAGAGCGAGUUACCAAUGAUAAGAAUGUUUCAUUCUUUUUCCCAUCUUGUGGUACGAUUCCACCGCCUGUUAUCAUGGUACAAAAUGUUUCUUUUCGAUAUAGUGACAGUACCCCUUGGAUCUAUAAAAAUCUUGACUUUGGUAUCGAUCUGGAUUCUCGUUUGGCUUUGGUCGGUCCGAAUGGUGCCGGAAAAUCUACAUUGUUGAAGUUGUUGUGCGGAGAAUUAGUACCAACUGAAGGACUAGUGCGGACGCAUUCACAUUUGAAAUUUGCUCGUUAUCAUCAACAUUUGCAUGAACAACUUGAACUAGAUAUUUCAGCUUUAGAAUAUAUGAUGAAAAGCUUUCCUGAAGUCAAGGAAAAAGAAGAGAUGCGUAAAAUUAUUGGCCGCUAUGGUUUAACUGGCCGACAACAGAUUUGUCCCAUUCGACAAUUAUCUGAUGGACAACGAUGUCGAGUUGUAUUCGCUUGGUUGGCAUGGCAAGUUCCUCAUCUUUUACUUCUGGACGAACCGACCAAUCAUUUAGAUAUGGAAACCAUAGAUGCUUUGGCUGAUGCUAUCAAUGAUUUUGAAGGUGGAAUGGUAUUGGUCAGUCACGAUUUCCGUCUAAUCAGUCAGGUGGCCGAAGAAAUUUGGAUCUGUGAAAAUGCAACGGUUACCAAAUGGAGUUCAACCAUACAAGAAUAUAAAGAAGUUUUGCGUGAAAAAGUAUUGAAAAAUAAUCAAAAAGAUUAAACGCAUGAAAAAUCAAUUAUCUUUAUUAGGCUAUAUAUUUAUUGAUAUGUCAUUAAUUUUAUUAUUAAUUA